AUGCACAGCGCCGCCGAGCCCACGACUCCACAGCCGAGCGGCGCACACACUCGAGAAGAGAUUGAGUCCAUCCGCGUCGGCCCAUUCACCCUCAGCGCCCGCGUCACGCUCGGCGACGACACGCUGCUCUUUGACGACGGCAGCCUCACCGGCGAGCCGUUUGACGACACCGGCCUCCACCGUGUCUGGCCAGCCUCCGUGGCCCUCUGCCACUCCCUGGUCGCGCGGCCGGAGGCUGUCGCCGGCAGGCGUGUGCUGGAGCUAGGCGCCGGGACCGGCCUGCCGUCGCUCCUCUGCGCGCGGCACCUCUGCGCGGCGCACGUGAUUGCGACCGACUCCAACCGGGCCGCGGUCGAGCGGCUUCAGGCGGCGGCGAUCGACGCGGCCGCGCUGCUCGACUUUGAGGACGCCGAGGCGGUCGCCGGCCUCGUCUGCGCUGAGCGAGUCGAGACCGUGCUCCUGUCGGACGUCUUUUACCCGGCAAAGGACGCGGCGCCGCUGCUCGCGCUGCUGCGCCGGCUCCUCGUCCUCGACCCCGCGCCAACCAUCCUGCUCAGCGUCUCGCGGCGAGACGAGGGGACGCGCUACACGGACCCGCUCUACGGCGAUGUCGCGGUGCUCGCGCAGCACGCGCCGCUGCUGCUCGGCUGCGUGCGCGUCUCCGAGUGCGCGCUGCUGCUGCUGCCCGCCUCGCUCAACGGUGCGCGCCGCGCGGCGCUGCACCGCCUCGCCGAGGCGGGAGGGCUGCAGCACGCCUCGCUCGGGCAGCCGCCGGCGCGCCGCUUGCUGCUCGCCACCGCCGGGGCGACCGACGCCGCCGCCCUCGAGGAGGUGCUGGCGGAGGCCGCGGCGGAGGCGGACGCGGGGGGCUCGGAGCCUCCGUGGGCGCGCGGACCAGCGACCCAGCCGCCGACGGCUGAGCUGUGGGCGGAGGCGAUGGCGGCGACGGCCGAGCUCGAGGCGGCGGCCAGCGAGACCGGAGGGGCGCUGCUCGGCAUGGAGGGGCUCGAGGUGGACGAGGAGGAGGACGACGAGGAGGCGAGCGGAGUGACGGCCGGGCCGGCGGGCGUCGGCGAGACGAUGGUGUCGAGGACGAGAUGA